UCUUUCUUCUUCGGACAAAGCCCAAACCCUUCCACGUCCUCCAAAUUCCAAAAUGGCCGAUGCCUAUUACUGUGUAAACAGUAACGGCAUUCUUUCGCUUUCACGCGCUUGUCUCUGCAUCCCAAGAUGGCAAUGCCAUUUGCCUACCCAAAUGGAAUUUCAACGCCUAACCACUAACCAUUAUCAAUCAUUCUCUUUGCCUAGUGAGAGAGAGGGAGAACGCACUAUCUUCAGUUUCCAGUGGUUUCAUUUCGGUUUCUCCUCCACUCUGAUUCUCUCUCCGCCUCCCUCUUCUCGGUUCCUCCAAUCAGAUUCAUACUGAUGGAUGAAACAGGAAAUGGCUCCAUCCUUCCCCUGAAAAUGCUUAACCUUUGAAAACAAUUAGCUUUGUAACUUUCCGGGUGGGGGGUUUUUUUUUCGGCUGUUUCUGUUUUGUCGCCUCUUCCUCCUCCUGCCUGCUCGAUCGCGUUACAUUCGACAAGUUGCAAACUUUGAAAGGCCCAUGAGGAGAAUCCGUGAAAACUGCUCUCUGUUCGGUUCCCUCUCUGUAGCUCUGUUCGUCUUGGCUGCAGCCGCCUGUUUUCAUUGUGUCUGGGCGGCCGACUACUCUCCGAUCGAUAAGAUCUUCCUCAGUUGCGGCGAGUCUUCCCAAAGGACCGAUUCCGAUCAGCGGCAAUGGAUUCCGGACGUCAACUCCAAGUUCCUCUCUCCAGGGAGCUCGAAACCAGCGAAGGCGGCGACUCAGGACCCAGGGGUGCCCCAAGUGCCAUUCAUGACGGCCAGGAUUUUUCACUCUGCCUUUACCUACAGCUUCCCUGUCGAACCAGGCCGCAAAUUCCUUCGUCUCUACUUCUACGCCAACUCUUAUGAUGCCCUCAACGCCACUGAUGCUCUCUUCUCCGUCUCGUCGGGCCCUUACCAGCUCCUCCACAAUUUCAGCGUCUCUCAGACCUCUGAGGCUCUCAGCUACGCUUACAUCACCAAGGAAUACGUCCUCAACGUCGACGAUGGACCCCUCAACGUCACUUUCCUUCCUGCCGCAGCGGCAUCCUUCGCCUUCGUCAAUGGCAUCGAGAUAGUGUCGAUGCCCGACAUCUACAGAAACAUCCGCGGGAACUUGAUGGUGGUGGGUUCUUCCACGGCCUUCACCAUCGACAACUCGACAGCCCUCGAGAACGUUUUUCGGUUGAACGUCGGAGGCAACGACAUCUCGGCCUCCGGCGACACAGGGCUCAUGAGGUCAUGGUUCGAUGACCAACCUUACAUCUUCGCCGCCGCCCAGGGCAUGACCCAGAUGGCCGAUCCCUCCCUCAACAUCACUUACCCUCCCCAAGUUCCUCCCUACAUCGCUCCGAGAAACGUGUACGCGACGGCGAGAUUGAUGACACGCAAUGCCCAGAUCAAUCUCAAUUCCAACCUCACUUGGACUUUCAGCGUCCAUUCCGACUUUGCUUACUUGGUGAGGCUUCAUUUCUGCGAGAUCUCUGAGUUUGUCACCAAGAUUAACCAGAGAGUCUUCAGUAUUUUCUUGAAUAAUCAAACGGCCGAGGCUGAGGCUGACGUCAUCGCUUGGGCUGGGGGCGAUGGCAAAAAUGGUGUCCCGGUUUACAGGGACUACGUCGUGAUUAUGCCCGGCGGGAAUCCUCAGCAGGACCUGUGGCUCGAUUUGCAUCCCAGCAUUGUUAACAAUCCCAUGUACUACGACGCCAUCUUAAACGGUGUUGAAAUCUUCAAGAUCAACGAUACAAGUGGCAACCUCGGCGGUCCAAAUCCAGUCCCCGGUCCUGCUGUGACUGCUGGAUCCUCGACAGCAGCUGCUUCUUCGAGUCAUUCGAGUAACAAGAUAGCAGUGAUCGCUGGCAGCAUCAGCGGCACGGCUCUUAUGGUUGCUUUUUGUGCUGCAGCUGCUUAUGGCACAAGGAAAUGUGGAAAGAAGCGUUCUUCAAGCGAGGGGCCAUCGAGCUGGCUCCCAUUGUCUCUGUAUGGGAACUCGAAUUCUUCAAGCUCAGCCAAGACCAACGCCUCAGGAAGCUACGCAUCUUCACUCCCAUCCAAUCUCUGCCGCCAUUUCUCAUUUACUGAGAUAGAGGCUGCUACAAACGGCUUUGAUGAGGCUCUGCUACUUGGAGUUGGGGGUUUCGGAAAAGUCUACAAAGGAAAGAUGGAUGAGAACGAUGUUGCCAUCAAACGCGGAAACCCCCUGUCUGAGCAAGGUGUUCAUGAGUUCCAGACAGAGAUUGAGAUGUUGUCUAAACUGAGACAUCGCCACCUUGUCUCGCUGAUCGGGUACUGCGAAGAAAACUGCGAAAUGAUCCUUGUCUAUGACUACAUGGCCUAUGGAACACUGCGAGAGCAUCUCUAUAAAACUCAAAAACCACCGCUGCCAUGGAAGCAGAGGCUGGAGAUCUGCAUUGGUGCUGCUCGUGGUUUGCACUAUCUCCACACAGGCGCCGCCAAACACACCAUCAUCCACCGAGACGUCAAGACCACCAACAUUCUAUUGGAUGAAAAAUGGGUGGCUAAGGUCUCGGACUUUGGACUCUCCAAAACCGGGCCAGCGUUGGACGACACGCACGUAAGCACGGUGGUGAAGGGGAGUUUUGGGUACUUGGACCCAGAGUACUUCAGGCGGCAGCAGUUGACGGAGAAGUCUGAUGUGUACUCAUAUGGGGUGGUGCUGUUCGAGGUCCUGUGUGCAAGGCCUCCCCUGAACCCGACACUGCCAAAGGAGCAAGUGAGCUUGGCCGAGUGGGCGGCUCGCUGCUUCAAGAAAGGGGAGCUGGAAGAGAUCAUUGAUCCGUAUUUGAAGGGGAAGAUUGCACCUGAAUGCUUCAACAAGUAUGCAGAGACGGCGAUCAAGUGUGUGGCGGAUCAAGGGAUAGAGAGGCCUCCCAUGGGAGAUGUCCUAUGGAACCUCGAGUUUGCUCUGCAGCUUCAGGAGAAUACCACUGACUCCGCCAUGGAUUCAAGCGUGGGCGGGAGGAGCCUCACGAGCUCUGACUCCGAGGGACUUACCCCCACCGCUGUCUUCUCUCAGAUCCUGAACCCUAAAGGACGUUGAAUCUAUUUAAUUAAUUAGGGAGUUUGAUAAAGCUUAUGCUCUCUGUCCUUUACGUUUUGUGAUCUCCUCUAUCUGGUUCUGAAUUAUGCAAUGCCUCAUAGUCA